AUGAACACUUUCAAACCAUCAUUUCAUGAGUUAAACUACGGAAUUGGAGAGGCAUCUUCUUCUUCUGAAACAAGUUCCUCCAGCCAUAGAAUUAUUAGGACUUCUCACUCAGACGAAGAAGUCAUAUUAGCAUCGGCGCGCCCAAAGAAGCGAGCGGGGCGAAGAGUAUUCAAUGAGACAAGACAUCCUGUGUACCGAGGAGUGCGACGCAGGAACAAGAACAAGUGGGUUUGCGAGAUGCGUGUCCCAAACAACAACUCUAGAAUUUGGCUCGGGACAUACCCAACACCCGAAAUGGCUGCGCGUGCACACGACGUUGCCGCGCUCGCGCUUCGGGGAAAAUCAGCGUGCCUCAACUUCGCUGACUCCCUGUGGCGGUUGCCGUUGCCGGCGUCCACCUGUGCGGAGGAUAUAAGAAGAGCGGCGGUGGAAGCUGCCGAGUCAUUUGCGGCUGAGGACAGCCAGCACCAUCUGAAGCAGAGUGCCAAGGUCACAAGUGUUGAUUAUGAAGUUUGCAGCGUCGGGGAUAACAUGGUUGUUGAAGAUGCAAACGAUAAGCCCCUGCAACAAGAAAGGAUUUAUGUGGAUGAAGUUCCGGCGGCGUCAGAGCUUGAAGACUUGCAUGAAUUGCUUCUGAGCAUCGCGGAUGAGCCUCUAAUGUCUCCUCCACCUUGUGCGAGAGAUGGUUGGGGCUGGAACGACGUGGAGAUAUUUGAUGCUGAGGUGUCAUUAUGGAAUUUUUCUAUGUGA